AAUCAUCUAAGGAAGCCAUAUACCCCUCUCGAAUUGUCAAGCAAGAGCCUUUGUAGAAUGGACGAGAAGGAAGAGUUGGUUGCAGGGUUUCAGCUGGAGGGCGAUGCAACGUCUUCCACUCCUAUGCAGGGUUUCUUUGAUGUGGCUACGUCCAUGGAGGACGAGGCGACAACUGUUCUGCGUCUUGGCUUGGUGGCAAGGAAGGAGUCCUUUUGGUUUCGUUGGGUGUAAUGGUUUUAGAGUG